UUUUUCAAACCAAAAGUCUGAGGGACAGUGAACUGGCCCCCUCUUUAAAAAGUUUAAGGACCCCUGCCUUAGUGUUCUGGAAUCUGUUUCCAUUCAAAGAACAAAUUUUCUCCUAAAAGUUUCUACUCCCUUACUCAGCAUAUCACUUGGAACUCUAAAACUCUUGUGUGUUCCUCCUUGCCUUUCUUAUGUAUUUAAAGUAUCUUAGAGUAUCUUACUUCUCAGCCAGAAAAGGUUGCCAAAGCAGCUUACUUACUCAAUAGGACAAUCCUUCAGUAAUGAGAUAAGUAGUCCCAUGCUCUGCAUUCUUUGAGUCUUCUAUGAAGGCGCUUACUGCUUUAUGUACCAAAUACAUGUUUGUUUGUUUGUUUGUUUGUUUGCUUGUACACGUAUUUAUAGGCCGCCAAAACUGCCGAGGCCUUCCUAGGUGGCUUACAAUACAUUACAUCUACUUGUUGUAGAUGCUUUCUCCUGUUCCACCACUUUGAUACUACAGCUCAGAGUUCUUGCAAUUCCAUUAUCAGCUUGCUGUCUCUAUUCCCUUGCUCUCUGGCAUUGGAUGAGAGCCCCAUCUUCUGCCUCAAAUAACUGUGCCUCUGUGCCAAGGAUAAGAGUGCAGUGGGUAGCAUCCUCUUCUGGUGAGACCCAGAAGGAUCCGAAUGAGGGACUGAUCUUCCUCAGUGAGAACUGUGUGAAGAGGCUGGUUGAGAUUACAGAAGGAUCUGAGUUUCUCAGGCUGCAGGUGGAAGGGGGUGGCUGUUCUGGCUUCCAGUACAAAUUUUCCUUGGAUACAGUUGUCAAUUCUGAUGACAGGGUUUUUGAACAAGGUGGAGCCAGAGUGGUUGUGGACUUGGACAGCCUAAACUUUGUAAAAGGGGCAAUGGUGGACUUCAACCAAGAGCUAAUCCGCAGCUCUUUCCAAGUGGUGAACAAUCCACAGGCAGAGCAAGGUUACAGGUAUUCUCAGCCAUGGAGCAGAGCGUAUGAGGCAGCAUAAUGUUGAAUUCCAUUCUUCAAAUGUUUUCCUUUAUUGCCCCCGAUGUUUAUGGAAACAUUGAACUUUGGUGUCUAGGAAAGUCUGAGGCUGUUUUCAUCACCCUCCCUUUUUCUCCACCUCUUAAAAAAAAAUCAAAACUACUAGCUUAAUGCCCAUUGCAUAGGUUUUACAAUGAAAAUGACAAGAACGCUAAUAAUACUUAGAAGGAGAGAGGUUUUUGGAGAGAAAACUCUGCAGCCCAGCCGUCUUUGGUGACAAAAGGAGAAAUAACAGAGAUAUUCCCCAUUGUGAGCAGAACUUUAUCUCCCGGCAGCGCUCGAGCUUGUGUUGGGAGCGGGGAAGCAAGAGGCCUGCAUGGCAGAUUCCUCAGCCUGUUAACAACGUUCUUCUUGCAGUCCCAGCCAUCCUACAUUCCCAGAUAACAGGCAGAGGCCAAAAAUAGGAUUGACACAGUGAAAGAAAUUUCUUAAUCCUUUCCAAGCCAAACAGAAAUGUUUGAGUGAAAAGCCAAUUCAUGGGGCAAAGAAGAAUUACACGGGAGAAAAUUGGGUUCACAAAUCAAAGAAAGCUUCUUCACUGAGGGGAAAAGACAAGAACUCUGCCAUGUUAAUGGGGAGAAGGCAGAAGUCUAUUAGCAAUGGCAUCCUGGCUAGAGAGACUUUGGUGGAGCUGAAGGUGGAUGGAGUAGAAAAUGAACGACCAUGCAAAACAACUCGAGUUUCACCAAGGAACCCCAGAGCCCCCAUUCCCCGCUUUUUCCUGUUGAGGAGGUUUCCUCAUCUGCUUGCAGUCCCCAAGUCUUCCCUUUCCCUUCCAAUUUGACCUUUGCAGUUCCUGGUCCAUGGCAAUUAUGCGUAUUCUGCAUUUGUGGCUUGGUGUAUUUGUCAAGAUUAAAACCAACUAUCUGCUAUAAAUCUUCAGUUUGCACAGUUUUAUCAAGGAGCACAAUUCACUUUGAUCAAAUUUCCUGAUUUGAGGAAGGACUCUACUGUGCACAGCAGCGCAAGGGGAGGGGCGCAACCUUUCUGUUUUGUAACAGGCAUGUUGCAUUGCCUUUCAUAAGAUACAGAAACUAUUCCUGAAAAAUGCUCACAGAGCAAGCUCGUGACAUCAUGUAAAACAGGUUGAAUAUAAAUAGAUUUCACGUGGGAUAUAUGACCAACAUAAUUUAUGUCUGUGUCCUAUUAAAGAGCAGUGGAGCUAGGCCCGGAGGAUCAGCCAAGAAAUGGCAUUAACAUUGCUAAACCUGCAUCUGAUCAUCCCCUGAGCUCCCUCCCCUUGGCGAAAGUGACUUCCUCUCCCAUUACUUUCCCCACUGACCCACCCUUCUGCUUUCUCUCUUUGCUUUGGUUCAUAAAUCUUUCAGCAACAGAGCAUGGUGAACACAAGACAGCUUGGAGUGGAGAGUUACACAAGCCUGCCAUUUAUCUUCCUUGUGUAUUAAAUGUGCUAAUUCUUGGCCACUGAGGCAUAUGUGGGUAAAGCGCAACUUAAAAUUUCAUGAGAAAAGAAAACUAUGGAAGAUCUUAGAGCUUUCACAAUGCUAGCAUAAGUCAUGACUUGAUGUUGACUCACACAGAUCGUUGUCUUGAGCAGUCUCUUUGGAAUGGAGCACUUCUCAACUAAAACCAUGGAAGAACUUGGCUGUCUCAUUGGAACUUGUUCUGCUCUGUGUUGCAGCUGGAAAAUAGAAACAUAAAAACAGAGCAAGUCAGAUGGGGCUCCUGGGCCAUCUAGUCUGACCCCCAGCUCCAGCCGGCUCCGCUCACGACA